CUGUCGGCUGUGUUUGGGCACCAGCAAUGAUCUUACCCUCAUCGAUGUGUUUACGGUCAACAAUCUGAGCACGAUCAUUAGAGAUGUGUUCAACAUAAAUGUUACUCCCAUUGAUAAGUGCACAACAAGCAUAUGUGCGAAAUGUUUGGGUGACACUUAUGAUUUUAGCAGAAGAAACAAUAAAUAUCUUCAGGAUAAAUCUCGUGUUCUCAAGAACUAUGCGUUGUUGAGUUGCAACAGUGUAAAGAAACAUGGUACUUCAAGCACUCCUACAAACGCUGGCUGUGUUGAUAUUGCUACAUCCGUGAGAGACAUAUCACCCAUCGCAGACCAUGCCUGCAACAUGCAAGAAUCUCCAGCAACUUCGAAGAGCUUGGCACAGUAUGAUAACACUGAUCACUCGAACAUUUCUUCAAAAACGAAGCAACCAACUAGUGAGUUACUGGGAUCGAAGCAAUCACCAAAACAAGGAAUUCGAAUUGCACUAGGCAAUCAAACGGCAUUCAUUGUGGCCAAGAAACAAGCAGUGUUUAGGAAGAAAUCGAAAUCGAACAGAAAGAGGAAGCACGUUUUCGGCUCCGAUGAAUCGGAAAACAGAACAAAGGUCGCCAAAGCGCGAAAAAAGACGGUGGCUGAGAGAAGUUCUGGAACACAACUGAAAGCAACUGAACACGAUUAUCCAUCAGCAAGGGUAAAUGAGGGCACAAGGGAAACAUUCCCUAGAGAUACAGGAGAAACCGUUGCAAACAACGAUUCCAGUAUUCCACAAGAACCGAGACAGACUAGUAAAAACUUCGAAUCUUUCUGUGUGCAAAGUUUAGAACCUGGGCCACAAAAAGAUUCAUCGAAAGUUAUUCCAAAACUCAAAAUAGUUCGAGUAGUUGGCACUGACCGGAUCCCAACACAACAUAACAAAGUUGAUAAGAAUAUGAACACGAUAAACGGUGCAGGCGCUGCAAAACAAACGUUAUCUUCUAGUGCCAAAGAAUGUUUUGCUUCGUCGCCGUCGGUUGAGAAUUUUUCGUCUGUUGCUAAAGAUAUGACGUCAUCCGAAUCCCUUUCUGCACAUUCUAUCGACAACACACGGGAGCAGAACGUAGUGAGGGGUCCUUGUGCUGCUUCCUUGGAUGAAGGAGAUUGUGGUGCUGUAAUGGUAGAGUCACAAAGCUCUGUAACAAAGUCUCCAGCGGUCGGCAUAACGCAUCGUCGACACAGCAUGUAUGGUGUCAUACGUGUGUGCAAGGAUCUAUUUGAUGCUCCCCAAGAAAAUGUUGAAUUUGCAGCCAUACGAAAUGAUUUGAUGAUCCGAAAGCCGUUACCAGUUGAGGGAAAUUUCGCUGUUUCGAAUAAUGAAGCUGACAAUUGUCGGGGUCCAUCGGUACAGACACCUCGAAGAGAAAGCAUUUGUUUCGGUAUUAAUAAUCAGCGGACAUUGAUGCCAAACAAUGUUUCACUAAGUAGUGAUCCAGCCAGAUUGGACGAGUAG